AUGGAUUUCAUAGCGUUGCCCAAAAUCGAGGUCCAACCCCCCUAUCCCCUCUCAUCUCCAAUCCCCCCAAAAGCAAGGAAUCAUCGCUCGCUCACACAUCUCCAGCUUCACGCUCAUCUCACAGGCAGCAUCUCCCGCCAAACCCUCCACGAGAUAUGGCUCAAGAAGUCCGCCGCCAAAGAAACAGACCUGCAAGAUCCUCUCCUCGUAAUCCCAGAGGGCAAACACGAUUACAAUCUCGAAACCAAAUACAUCUACGCCCUCCUCACCGACGAAAUCUCCCUCCGCCACGCCACCCUCUCCGUCCUCCAAUCCUUCCUCCUCGACGGCGUAAUCUACCUCGAACUCCGCACGACUCCCCGUCCAACCCCCCUCCUCUCCACCACUCAAUACAUUUCCAUCCUCCUCGACACAAUCUCCUCCUUUGAAACCUCCCAUCCGUCUCUCCACACGCGCCUCAUCCUCUCCAUCGACAGACGCCACGACUUCGCCACCGCCUCCUCCAUCCUCGACCUCGCGCUUUCUCUACCCAGCCGCAUCGUGGGUCUCGAUCUUUGUGGUGAUCCGGCAGCUCGUCCGGGGGGUCAAGUCGCGCUUUUCACGCCGUUGUUUGAAAAGGCGCGGGAGGCGGGACUGGGGAUCACGUUGCACUUCGCGGAGGCGGAGAGCAGUGCUUCGGAAGCGGAGUUGCAGACGUUGUUGGGUUGGCGACCGCAUCGUUUGGGACAUGUGAUUUGCGAGGACCAAGAUGCGAAGCGAGCGAUUGCGCAAAGGAAGGACGAGCUGUGUCUGGAAUUGUGUUUGAGCUGCAAUGUGCAGGCGGGCAUGGUGAAGAGUGGUUUCGAGGGCCAUCAUUUCGGCGAGUGGACGGCCGUCGAGGGUAUCAAGGUGUCCCUGGGAGGGAAAAAGGCUGACGGAUUUGCUCAGACCGACGACGUAGGCAUCUUCGGCAGCCCCCUAUCCAACGAAUACCGCCUCGUCGCCCAACACUUCCGCCUUGACGACUCCCAAAUCCGCGCCCUCGCCAGAGAACCCAUCGACCACAUCUUUGGAGGCGACCUCGAAAAGGAGAGGCUACGACAGCUCAUGUGGCCUUGA